AUGUUGUUGAAAAUUACAUUUGUGUUAUAUGUUUUGGUCAAUAUUUUACAAAUUUAUUAUUGUACUGAACUUACUGUAAACACGACAUCAGGUGUAGUGAAAGGACUCGACAUACAUGUUCUCAACACAAGUAUCGCACAGUACCUGAAUAUACCGUACGCCGAACCGCCAGUCGGGAGACUCCGGUUCUCUAAACCCGAACCAUUAAAACAUCCAAAACAGUUAAUCGAUGGCUCAAAAACAGGCAACUCUUGUGUUCAGACAGUUAUGGAUUCAAUAAAACAUUUUAUGGGAAAUAUAACACAAAACGAAGACUGUCUGGUGUUAAACGUAUGGACACCUAAUGAUAACGAAAAAUCAAAUGUUUUAAAACCGGUUAUGUUUUGGAUUCACGGCGGAGGUCUUAAACUUGGGUCCAGUUUUCAAUGGGUAUACAAUGGCAGUGCACUGGCAGCAUAUGAUGUGGUGGUUGUCUCUGUUAACUACAGGUUGGAUGUAUUUGGGUUUAUAUAUGAUGAACAAGAGUCGUCAGCUCAGGGAAAUGUGGGAUUAUUUGAUCAGUUAUUAGCACUUAAAUGGGUCAGAGAAAACAUACAUAAUUUUGGUGGCAAUAAAGAUAAAAUCACAAUAUUUGGCGAAAGCUCCGGUAGUUGGUCAGUAUCAGCACAUAUACUGUCACCGCUAUCUAAAGGCUUAUUCAAGAGAGCUAUUAUGCAAAGUGGUGCCACAUUUUAUAAUAAAUUAAGACAACCAUUAAAUACUACCGAAGCUCUACAACAAAGCAUUCAAUUAGGCAAACAGUUUAAUUGUACGACCAGUCAAUGGUUAGACUGUUUACGCAAAGUUGACGCCCGGGAACUCAUAAAAUAUAAAUCAAGUUUUUUAGUUUAUCCAUUAAUUGAUAACAAAUUUUUAGUAAUGAAUGCACAAAAAGCAUUUCAAACUAAAUAUUUCAACAAAGAUAUUGACAUAAUAGCUGGUAUUACUCGACAUGAAGGGGUCGGCAUUCUAUAUCCUGGGGGUCAAGUGCCACACAAUAUGACCAAAAAAGAUUUCAUUAUAUUUAUGGAUAAUUUUGAUUUGACAUUUCAUAAUCUUAAUGUUAGUGAUAUAACCGGGUUUUAUGUGUCCAACAAAACUUCAUCACACGAUAUUCAAUGGGCUCUUUACGAUGCUUUGGGUGACCUAACCCUUUCGUGUCCAACUUAUUUAUUUGCCAAAAGUUAUACUCAGUAUACCGAUGCCGACAGUAAUAAUAAUAAUGUCUACUUUUAUGAGUUAACUUAUCAACGUUUAGCAAACUCAAUGGGAUUACCUAAAGAGACCGAUGUGACUCAUGGAGCUGAUCUUGAUUUUGUGUUUGGCCUACCAGUGCUUAAACCAGAGAAAAGUGAUACUGAAUUGGAUGUUGAAUUCAGUAGACAUGUUAUGAAAAUAUGGACCGAUUUUGCUAAAUAUGGCAAACCAUCGACUGUUUGGCCAAAAUUAGUUGAUAAUAGAGAUCCAAAAUAUGUUCAUAAAAUCUAUGAUUUAAAUCCCAAUACUGAUACACAUAUAUUUAAUAAUUUGUUUAGCAAAACAUGUUUAGUUAAAGGAAUUGACAUACAUGUGCUCAACACAAGUAUCGCACAGUAUCUGAACAUACCGUACGCCGAACCGCCACUCGGGAGACUCCGGUUCUCUAAACCCGAACCAUUGAAACGUCCAAAACAGUUAAUCGAUGGCACAAAAAGUGGAAAUUCUUGUAUUCAAUCAAAAUCAGAUUUAUUGAACCACUUUUUGGGAAAUCUAACACAAAAUGAGGAUUGUUUGGUAUUAAAUGUGUGGACACCUAAUAAUUUCAAUAAAUCAAAUGUAUUAAAACCGGUUAUGUUUUGGAUUCACGGCGGAGGGCUUGCAAUUGGAUCCAGUUUUCAGUGGGAAUACAACGCAAGUGCACUGGCAUCACAUGAUGUGGUAGUUGUGAGUAUUAAUUAUAGGCUAAAUAUAUUAGGUUUUCUUUAUGGAGACCAACAGUCAUCUCCAGGAAAUUUAGGAUUAUAUGAUCAACUGUUAGCACUUAAAUGGGUCAGAGAAAAUAUACAUGAAUUUGGUGGCGAUAAAAAUAAUAUUACUAUAUUUGGUGAAAGUGCCGGCAGUUUAUCAGUGUCUACCCAUCUAUUAUCUCCACUAUCAAAAGGUCUAUUCAAACGGGCUAUUAUGGAAAGUGCGGCAAUGAUGGUCAACAAACAGAGAGUGCCGGCGUCUAAAUCGGAAGCUCUGGCCGUAAGUUUAUUUCUGGCCAAAGAAUUUAACUGUUCAUUGGAUAGACAGCUAUGGUUAGACUGUUUGCGUAAAGUGGAGGCACAAAAAUUCAUGAAAUAUUCAGGAUUUAGUCUGAUUCUACCGUUACUCGAAACGGAGUUCCUCCCAAUGAGCGCACAACAGGCAUUUGAUACUAAAAAUUUUAACAAAGAUGUAGACCUUUUAGCUGGUGUGGCCCCUCAUGAGGGCUCUGCCCUAUUGAAUGCUGGCAAAGAGUUGCCUCACAAUCAAACCGCCAUUAAUUUUCAAGGAUUGCUUUUAUCUAUGAAUAGUACUUUUCAUUUAAAUGAUUUCAAAAAAAUUACUGAUUUUUAUUUGGCUAACAAAACCAAAUCACACGAUAUCGAGUGGGCUAUGUAUGACCUGUACGGGGAUCUCCUUAUUACAUGUCCGACCUAUUUGUUUGCCAAAAACUAUUCAUUGCUCAGCAGUAGCACCGGUAGUAAUAAUGUAUAUUUCUAUGAGAUCACAUACCAGCGCGAAACUAAUGCUUUGGGUGCUGUUAAACAAUUGAAUGUCACACACGGAGCCGAUGUUGACUUUGUGUUUGGACUACCAGUGCUUAAACCGGAAAAAACGGACACACAAGUAGAUGUUCAGUUUAGUAAACGUGUAAUGAAACUAUGGACUGAUUUUGCCAAAUAUGGGUUAAUUUACUAA